GCAGUCAAAAAAAAAAAAAAAAAAAAAUGGCGGCGGCGAUUUGGAUUCGGGCGGUGGCGGCUGAAGCGAGGCUCAGCGUUCUGAAUUGCGGCCUCGGCAUCACGACCCGCGGCCUUUGCAGCCAGCCGGUUUCAGUUAAAGAGCGCAUCGACAACAAGCGCCAUGCAGCGUUGCUGGGAGGAGGCCAGCGCCGCAUCGAUGCGCAGCACAAGCGAGGGAAGCUAACAGCCAGGGAGCGGAUCCAUCUUCUGCUGGAUCCUGGCAGCUUCGUGGAGAGCGACAUGUUUGUGGAACACAGAUGUGCCGACUUCGGAAUGGCUGCGGAUAAGAAUAAGUUUCCCGGAGAUAGUGUGGUCACUGGACGGGGCCGAAUCAAUGGACGACUGGUUUAUGUCUUCAGUCAGGAUUUUACAGUUUUUGGAGGCAGUCUGUCAGGAGCACAUGCUCAAAAGAUCUGCAAAAUCAUGGACCAGGCCAUAACAGUGGGGGCUCCAGUGAUCGGGCUCAAUGACUCCGGAGGCGCCAGAAUCCAGGAGGGGGUGGAGUCCUUGGCUGGCUACGCGGACAUCUUCCUGAGGAAUGUCACAGCGUCCGGAGUCAUCCCACAGAUUUCUCUGAUCAUGGGCCCGUGUGCUGGUGGGGCCGUCUACUCCCCUGCCCUAACAGACUUCACAUUCAUGGUGAAGGACACAUCCUACCUGUUUAUCACUGGCCCUGAAGUUGUGAAGUCUGUUACCAAUGAGGAUGUCACUCAAGAGCAGCUGGGUGGUGCCAAGACCCACACCACUGUGUCAGGUGUGGCCCACAGAGCUUUCAACAAUGACGUCGAUGCUCUGUGUAACCUGCGUGAAUUCUUCAACUUCCUGCCCCUCAGCAGUCAAGACCCGGCUCCCAUCCGAGAGUGCCAUGACCCCAGUGACCGUCUGGUUCCUGAGCUGGACACAGUUGUCCCUUUGGAGUCAAGCAAAGCCUACAACAUGCUGGACAUCAUCCACGCAGUGAGUGCCCUGCCCUGUCCUGUCUUGCUUGCCCUAGCUCAACCUCAGCCACGGUCAUUGUGCGUGUGCUUAGUGGGUUGUGUUUGGCUUGGUCUCAUCGUUUGCACAGGCUGUCGAGGCGCUUACCACGGACAACGUUUCUCCUUUGUAGGGUGCUUGGACAUUAAUUCAUCCGUGAAGGGGGCUCGUUUUGUCAGAUUCUGUGACGCAUUCAACAUUCCCCUCAUCACUUUCGUUGAUGUCCCUGGCUUCCUGCCUGGCACGGCGCAGGAGUAUGGGGGCAUCAUCAGGCAUGGUGCCAAGCUGCUCUACGCAUUCGCCGAGGCAACUGUGCCCAAAAUCACAGUCAUUACCAGGAAGGCCUAUGGAGGUGCCUAUGACGUCAUGAGCUCCAAACACCUUCUUGGUGACACCAACUAUGCCUGGCCCACAGCUGAGAUUGCGGUCAUGGGAGCAAAGGGUGCUGUGGAGAUCAUCUUCAAAGGACACCAAGAUGUGGAAGCCGCCCAGGCAGAGUAUGUGGAGAAGUUCGCCAACCCUUUCCCUGCAGCCGUGAGAGGGUUUGUGGAUGACAUCAUCCAGCCAUCCUCUACUCGUGCUCGGAUAUGCUGUGACCUGGAAGUCCUGGCCAGCAAGAAGGUCCAUCGUCCCUGGAGGAAACAUGCAAAUAUCCCACUGUGAGCAGAUGGAAGGGAUUAGAGCAACAGUUGAAAAGCUGGCCUUUUGCAGCGUACCCCUCCCUGCCUUUUACAAUCAUGAAAAAAUGGAUCUUUGUAUCUUGGACACUGACUGAUUUACAUAAAGAGUUCUUGGGCCUGGAGUAAAACUAUGUGCUCUAUUAAAAUCAUUGGUACUUUUUGAAUAAAUAUUUCAUUGUUAUAGUAAAAAUCUCAAUCUUAAACAAGAAAGCCAGAAGGAGGCGGGGGCGGCAUCGUAGUUGCCUGGCUCUGGCUCUGGUUCACACUGAUGUGAGUAUGAUUUUUGUGGCCCUCAGAGGUCGACAUGUUGGAGCUUGGACUCCGUGUGGGGUAGUGAGAGCAGAGAGAUAGUGGGAGAUGCUGUGGUCAGCUGGGCUGGGCUCUGUGCUGAAGAGGCUAAGAGUUCUUAGUCUUUCCCCAGCUGCUUGAUGACUGUGUGAUGUCUCAAUAGUCCCCCACCCCAUGCGGGCUCCACGGUGUGAUACACCAGGAGGGUUGUCACCAGAGCUUCACCAAUGGAAGUGCCUUGCCAUUGGGUCUCAGAAUUAUGAGCUAACUAAACCUCAAACCUUCAAGAUUUUGUCAUAGUAAUAAAAACGGAUUAAUUCAA